CGGGAGGCUGCAGCCCGGGCAGCUCGGAAAGGUGCAGCGGGCGGUAGGAGGGAUGCGGCGGCAGCGGCUCACGUCUCUGGCCGGCUCCGCUUGGAGAAGUUGCCGCCUCAGGGAUUGCGGGGAGGCAGCGACCCGACGUGCCUUUCUCAGCGAGCAGCAGAGGAGCGCCCCAAGUUUUGGCUCACGGGAGGCGCCGGGGAACUUCUGCAGAAGGGCUGCCGCUGUCCUGGCGCCCGGCGUGCUAGAGCGGGCAUCGCACUACCUGCACCACACACGCACCGUACACACACACUGAGUGCAUCCUACCUGCACAACACACACACACUGAGUGCAGACCCAGCAUCCUACCUGCACAACACACACACACACACACACUGAGUGCAGACCCAGCAUCGUACCUGCACAACACACACACUGCAGAGCAGGUAUUGUACCUGCACAACACACACACACACACACUCUGAGGAGCGCAGAGCAGUAUUGUACCUGCACAACACACACACACACACUCUGAGGAGCGCAGAGCAGGUAUUGUACCUGCACAACACACACUCUGAGGAGCGCAGAACUGGCAACACACACACACUGAGGAGUGCAGAACAGGCAUUGCAGCCUCACCACACACACAGAGGACUUAUGAGGGCCGAGCAGGAAUUUUGCCUAUCGAACAUACACAAUGAGCUAUGUAAAGCAGGCAUUUAACCUAAGCAUCCGCACAUGUUUCCGCAUAUCUGUUUCAUUACUGCAUUAGCUAUUUAGAGAUCUGCGUUUCCUGUUUACUGCCCUAAGGACAUGAAACCACACACAGCUGUGAGAUCUUGAGAAGAUUUUACUGGAACCCUGAGGGUCUCUGCAAAGCAUCACUAAUGAAUCACAGCAAAUUUCAAAGGUUAUGCAACACAGAUCUUUGAAGCGACCUUUAUGUAGAUGAAACUUUCAGAGGCAACACUCCAUUUUGGAACCUACCGUUUUUGAGAGCAUAUGGGACUUUCCAAGGCACCUUCUGUCUGGGCUGCAUAUAUUGCUUACUCCUAAAUACAUCAGAGAACAAUGAGGUCUUUUUAUUUUUUGUGUAUUUUCACACUAUAUAGUGAAGUUUCUUCCAUCUCAUUUUGUUCAAUGGGAAAAACUUGAGCAAGACUUGUGGUUGCUUUUUAUUUUACUAGAUUUCCCUUAAGGAGCCAAAUCUUUAUGAAACAUGUCCACCAUACUUUUAUUUGUAGUUUUUUAUUUGUGACUGAGACCGUAUAUUAAUUUCAGCAUAUUUUAGCUGUUUUGUUUUGAACCUGGUUUUUUUUAAUUACAACAUAUAUCAUAAUGCAAGGAAUUAAAUUAUUUCAGGUUUUCAGAAAAUAAUUUGUAUGCAUCAGAAAUAUUUUAUGGCUAUUCAUGGCUCAUUAAUAUAGCAGUUUAACGGUACUAAUAUGAGGCAUUGCAUUAAUUGUUGUAUACAGUUAUUACCAAAUGACUUGCACAAACGGUGUUUCAGAUGCCGUCGGUCUAAUCAUAUUAACCAGAAGUGUCCUGUGUGCAAACAAGACAAUAUAAUUCCUUUGUAUGUGGAUAGUAAGCAGAUGAACUUGCUAGCAGUCUUGGAAGUAAGGACUCAUCAUAAUGAAAGCUGGAAUGGAUUUUUUUGCUUGAGGAAAGGGAAGCUAUGCAGCUUGAUAUUUGGGUUGAUAAUAAUGACUUUAGUGAUGGCAUCAUACAUACUGACUGGAGCCAAACAUGGCCUAUUGCUAAUACCUUCGCCAUUCCAUUAUGGAGCUUUUACUGGCAAUCCAAACUUAAUGGACAAUGAAAGCCUUAGUGAGAUGAAAGACCAUUACCAGCCUUCUAAAAUUAAUAUUUCAUAUGUAAGGGAUUAUCCAAGCAUUAAAUUAAUUAUUGACACUAUUACUUCAAAGAUUGAGUUUAUAAACAGACAACGUCCAGAUUUAGAAGACCUGAAGAAACAAGAACUGCAUAUGUUUUCAAUAAUUCCUAAUAAAUUCCUUCCAAAUAGCAAGAAUCCUUGUUGGUAUGAAGAAUAUAGAGGAAAUACUACAACAGAUCCUUACACAACAAACUCAUAUGCACUGUAUUCAAAGCGUUUUCGGACCAUAUUUGAUUACCUCAAAAAAGUAUUUUGGAACCACUUGUAUCAUUAUAAGGAUAAGCACUAUCGGCUGCGCUGUCUUCCUCAUUUCUACAUAAUAGGCCAGCCAAAAUGUGGAACGACCGAUCUUUAUGACAGGCUCCGGUUACACCCAGAUGUUAGAUUCUCAGCAAUUAAAGAACCACACUGGUGGACAAGGAAGCGAUUUGGAAUAAUUCGUCUGAGGGAUGGAUUUCAUGAUCGCUACCCAGUGGAAGAUUACCUUGAUCUGUUUGACUUGGCUGCAUAUCAGAUUCAGGGUGUGUUACAAAGCGAUGUAACAAAAGGGCACAGCAAGAUGAACCACAUCAUCAUUGGAGAGGCCAGUGCUUCUACAAUGUGGGAUAACAAUGCCUGGGUUUUCUUCUAUGACAACAGUACUGAUGGAGAACCUCCAUUUUUAAUCCAGGAUUUCAUCCAUGCUUUCCAGCCCCAUGCCAAACUUAUCGUCAUGCUGAGGGAUCCUGUUGAAAGAUUGUAUUCGGAUUAUCUGUACUUUGCAAGUGCGAAUAAAUCCGCAGAAGACUUUCAUGAAAAAGUGGCAGAAUCACUGCAGCUGUUUGAAAAUUGCAUGCUGGAUUACUCACUGAGAGCCUGUGUCUACAACAACACCCUUAACAAUGCCAUGCCUAAGUAUUUAGGCCAUAACUGUAAUUACUCAAGUCAACUAAAAGAGCACAAGACAUUGUCGUCUGCUUUUAUCAAUUCUAUACUGAAUGUGACUCCAAGAUGUACCAAGCUUCUCUUAUCAAAGGUGAGGCUACAGGUUGGCCUAUAUGUUGUGUAUCUCUUGGACUGGCUGACUGUUUUCGACAAGGGUCAGAUACUAGUUCUCCGCUUAGAGGAUCAUGCAUCCAAUGUUAAAUACACCAUGCAUAUGGUGUUCCAGUUUCUGGAUUUAGGGCCUAUAAGUGAGAAACAAGAAGCUCUAAUUACAAAGAGUCCUGCAUCAAACACUAGACGUCCUGAAGACCGAAAUCUGGGACCCAUGUUACCAAUGACAAAGGCAAUUCUAAGAGACUUCUAUAGGCCUUUUAAUACAAAACUGGCGCAAGUUCUUUUUGAUGAUGCUUUUUUAUGGAAAAAGACAUAAUAUGUAAAUUCACUUCCACAAAUACACUGCUUUAAGGAGUUUUUAUUUUUUAAAGUCUAUUUUUGAGUGCACAUAUUUACCUUUUAUCCAUUCCAAGGAGAAGCAAAUCUAAUGAGAUGAGUUCUCUUCCCCUUAGCAUAUGAUAUUUCACUGAAGCUAGAUCACAUUUUCAUUGUGAGAAUGUAAAACAUCCUGCUUAUCAAUCUCUUGCCAUUUCUUUCCCCCCAGCAACAGAGCAGUAUGGAAAUAGCAUUGGAACGAAGGAGUUCUUUUACACUGUCUGGCUGUGGUUUUGAAGUUUUAAUCUUCUCUAAAACAGUACAAUACAUAAUUAGCAUUGGUCUCUUCAUGUCGUCACUUUCAAGGUAUGUUCUCCCCUCAUUCAUUCCAAAGUAAUAAAAAAUAUCCAUUAGCCAUUAAAAUCUCUAUUUGAAUUUAAUCCAAAAUUCUUUUUUUAUUACUAUAGCGCAUCAACACAUAGUGUAGAAUCUGUUCACCCAGAUUAAUGCUAUUACUUUAGUUAAUUAACUAAUCUGAUAUAUAAAAACAUAACCAAGUGACUUUUCAAUGUAUUACUGCAUUUAAGUAAUUCCCAAACCUAAUUAACCCCUCCAGUAUGCUACAGUUUGUAGUAAGAGAAGAAUUGCAUAUUCAGUGCAAGAAUGAGUAAUUUGAAAGUAUUAAGUUAAAGAAAAAACUAUAUAUUUUUGGGCAUAAUAUAGAAUAACAGAAAUAUACAAGUUUCUAUUUGAUUUUUUUUUAAUUUUACUUAUUUAAAUGCACAUAUGUAGAGUCCACUCAUCUACAUAUUUUCCCAAGAAACCAAUAAUGCGUCUGAUGUUAAGUCCAGUGAUAUCAGUGGAAGUCUUUUAUUUCAGUGGGAUUUGGAUCAGGCCCUACAUGAAUUAUUGUGUAAUUUUCCAUUAUAAAGAAACAUGUUGAAUUUCUGAAACCAUUUAAAACCUAAUAACUAAAUUCGUAUACUGGUACCAUACAGUAUCAUGCAUGACAGUAUAAUGCCUUACAUUCUAGUAGGAGAGGUACAGAUAAACUGAUGAAGUUGCGCACAUUCUUUGUUUCCCUGGUUGGACAAUUUGUAUGCCUCUAGUCCAAAGUAAGUUCAGCUGUGCAAUAUUUCAUGCUUUUCAUUUACAGUACAGCAAGCUACAUUCACCUUUCCGUUAAACCCACACAACCUCAUUGAAGGCAGAAUUUGGCCCAGCAUAUUCUAACCGUAAAGUUGACUUAUUUUUUGGAUAAAAAAUUGGAUUGUAGCCAAAUAAAGACACUUAUUUCAGUUUGAGUUUCUUCUCAAGGGCUAGGUGAUACCUUCACUGAAAUGAAUCCAAACUGGAUCAACUAAAGCUGAUGCACCAAAGUCCAAAGAACCAGCUCUAACUAGUAUAUUGUGCUCUUACUUUUGGAUACUGUCAUUUUGUUCUUGUGCCUGUGUCCAUAGUAGAGCUGGCUGAAUAAUAAUAAAAAACAGAUGUGGAAACAUAUUUGCAAAUAAUUGUACUGACUUCACUGCAUUGCUGUCAGUGGGGUCAUAUUAUUUAUUAUUUACCAGUAUUCCCUUGACUGACAUAUAGUGUGCAGAUUGUUCGCAAAUCUGAACAUUUCACAAAUGAUUAUUCAUGUGAAAAUUCAUGUCAGAAGUUCGUCAUUGGGUAUUCACUAUUUGCAAAUCUCCUGUUAAAAAAGAUUCAGUCAUCCAUUCUGGGAGCAGAAACAAUACCAUGGGAUUCAGGUGACCCAUUCUCACACCACAAAUGUUAAUAGUUUACAGAGACAAGUUGGGAGAGGUAAUAUCUUCUAUUGGAUCAACUUCUAUUGGUGAAAGAGACAAGCUUACACAGAGUUCGUCUGUAGGUCAGGGAAAAAUAGUUUACAAACAUAUAUUCAUAAUUGUUCAUGAGAACUAUUCAGUGAAUACUUAUGAAUAUUUGACAUAUUUGCUGAAAUCAGAAUUGAUUCGAUCACUCUGUGAACAGAAAUAAGGUCUACAUUUUCAACAAAUGUUAUUUACCCUGUGGUCAUCCCUAUUGUAUACCAGAAUUAGUAGUCAGGAAAGGUGUCUGAAAACUACCAAAAGCAUUUUUCUGUGUGAGUUCAUUGUACUAGUUCAUUUUCACUGGUUUCCAUUCAGUUGUCAGUAGCACAGAUCCUGAACUGGUGGUACAGAUUUACCAAUGCUAAAUGCUAAAGAUCUUUUUGUUAGCACUUUGUAUCAGGAAUGACUAUGUGACCAAAUUGCAUUGAGCUAGAUUGUACAGCAUUCAUCCAUGUUGAGCAGUGCUAGCUCACAUGACUAGUCCCAUUGAAUUCAGUGGUUGCAAAGGGGAUUGUGGGUGGGAGGCAAUUAGGGCCCCAAGUGGCUGUUACACCCCAUGUUUCAUCUCUGGUGACAACCUCACCUAGUGAUGCAGUCCACAAACAGCAGCUUUGCCUAAUGGCUACAGUUGUUGGCGGCAACUCUGCCUAGUGGGUUCAGUUUCCAGCCAGCAGCUCCACCGAAUAGGCACUGUUCUUGGCGAGGGAAGAGGAACCCGGGCCCUCCCGCUCCACCAGCUUCCACCUUCACUCAUCCUGUGGUAUCUUGUGUCAGCCUCAAGUCAGCUUCCCUGAGUCACUUCCUACCUCCUUCUGCAUUCCAGCUGGCCGUCGUCCCUCCUUGAGGAACACUGCGUUCCAGGCUUCCUGCCCCAGCCCCAGUCUGUGGGGCAUAGCCCAAAUCACAGACUAACUUUUAGUGAUCAAAACCUUUGUAUUAAGUCUUCUUUGCCCCCAACACCAUGCUGGGGCAUUACUCAGUUCUAACUCAUAGUACAGAAGAACACAUCCUACCUGUUCACCAGCAUUAUUUCCCACUGCACCCUGACUUUGUGUUGGAGGAUUCCUACUCAAGGUUGGACAAUAAUGGGACCACAGCCAGAGACCUAUUGGGUCGCAACCAGAUCAUGUACAGCAACGUAUUUGAAGGAUGCCAGCUGAUAAUUGAUACAAAAGUUAUUGAUUCAAAAAUGGAAAGGAAAAAAAAACUAGUAUAUUCCGAAAAAUGAUUGAUGAAGAUUUGGAAAGAUCAGAUUUCCCUUGUGCUCAAAAGAAGUGCUGCUAAAUGUACACGGGCUCGAUCUCUGCCUUUUUUGAAUGUAAAAACAAUGAAAAAUAUCUGAGAAGAGCUAGGAUGUUUUAAGGUUAUCAUACACUUGUUCAUGAUUUUGUGUCCUCAGACUGCAUUUAAGAUGUAUUGCUGCACUCCAACAAACUCUGUACUUUAUCAAAUGCCAAUUAUUAUUACUGAUUUCUCAGGUUAUUGUAGUCAUUAGGAAAAUGGAAGUGACUUUCUUUCUAACGAGGCUGAUUUUAUUGCCCCAGCUCUUCAGGUGCCACCUAAAAGUGACAUCACAAUUUGACAAAUUGUGGCAUCAUAAUACAGGAUUAUGACGUCACUGGGUAAAACAGCAGGAGCAAGUUGGUAAAGUGGGACUUUUCCAUUUAUAAAAAGCAACAAAGAAUCCUGUGACACCUUAUAGACUAAUAGAUGUAUUGGAGCAUGAGCUUUCAUGGGUGAAUACCCAUCUGUUAGUCUAUAAGGUGCCACAGGACUCUUUGUUGCUUUUUACAGAUCACAGAUCACAGAUCACACUAACUUCGCUACCCCUCUGAUACUUUUCCAUUUAUGUGCAGUUACCACUGUUUAUUCCCAUGAUUGGAAAGAAAAUAUCAAACUAGUGUCUCUCACAGUAGACUAGCAUUUGGUAAAUUAGUGCUCUUCAAAGAUACCACACUGACAGUUCUCGAGAUCCAAACCCUCUCUUUUUAGCCAGAGAACAGGUACAGUAUGGGCGGCAUCAUGCAAGCUUCCCAGCACUGCCUAUCCAGAGACUUGAAGCCUGACUUGGCAAGAAGCCCUCCAUGGGUCAGAAGAUGGAUAGUUCAGUUCCCAAGACCCUUUGUUCCUCUGCUGGACAAUAAUUCAAUGAUGGUAACUGUUGGACACUGGACAUGGGUUGGGUUCUAAGAGGUAAACUAGAUGGUGAAGGCAUAAGUAGCAAUGCUAUUUGCUCUAGUACAGAGCCAUCCAGCAACCCCAUAAUGAUACUUUUGUUUAAAAUGUGUAUAUAUUUUAAGUAUAGUGUGUUUUAAGGCUCGCCAAAGUGUGUCAGUGGCUCUUUACAACCUGAAGAACAUGAAAUACAUGUGUCUCACCCACUGUUUUCACUUAUUCCUUUUGAAUAAUAGUAAUCAGGAAAGCUGUAGAUACUCUGGUCCCAGAGUCACUAAGGGAAGGGCCAUUUCCAAAUAUUGUCUCCACUGUAGUUCAGCAACAUGGCGGAAGAAUGCAAAAUGUGUUUUCUGUAAGAUCCUUGGCAUUAAAUCCAAGAAUUUCGAUGGGUGGAAAAAAUGAAGUAAAAACACAACAAUAACAAAAGCCUCUUACUAAGAUAAACAUACUUUCUUAUUUACAUAGAAAAUGAUACAUUGUUGUCUAUUGAUUCCAGUAUAUAGGCUUGUAUGCUUCAGCUUAAUAAACUGGACAUAAACAA